AUGUCGACCACCCAAGCCAAUGCGGUGCCUGACACGCAACUGGGAUUGAGCUAUGAAGAAAUACAGCUGCUACGCCAGGGACAGGCUGCUCUGGGUCAGGGGGCUGGUGGAGGAGGUGGUGGCGGUUCGAGCUCGUCGCGCGCAGCAAGUCGCGCAUCAAGUCAGGGCCUGCUGCUGCUGGACAGCACGUCGUUGGCGGCACUAGGACGGUAUUUUGAUCGCGUCAUGGGCCAGAUCGAGCAGCAGAUCGUGUACCUCAGCGAGCAGAGCCAGAUGUUCACCAUGGCCCAGUUCGAUCGAGCCGGGAACCUGAUUGAAGGAGCAGAUGCCGAAAUCCAACGGUACCACGAGCUUCUUCGCCAACUGGACGAAUUGGAACUCGACUUCGAUCGGAUAAGGCAUAUCAAAGAGAUUGUACGCGGUUAUAGAGCACGCGUCGAGGAAAUGGAACGCGAGCUCGAACGGAGCGGCAGCGGUUCCUCGUCGAGGCAUCGGGAGGGCCACCAUUCAUCACACCGCCACGGCCACUCUCACGGUCAUCGUCACGGUCACGAAAGCUCUCGCCGCCACCGACACUAA